GCCUCGAUCUUCCUGGUUCCGGUAGAUGGUUCUUGCCGCCUCUGUCUGGCAGGAAGUCACCAUGGCUUCUGCGAGGGUGGUGACCGGGAAGCGGCACAACCCGGUGAGCAGCAUCUGUAGAAAACUCCAAGCCAUUCAAAGGAGAGAGGGGGUGUCGGAUCCAGGCCAGCACAUGCUCGGGUACCAGUCCAGUGGCUCAGACAACCCGCAGACCCACGCCAGGACUGACUUGGAGGAGGUGCUGAGGAGGGCGACCCCGGGCCCCCUUCCUGUGCCCGAUUCCUGUUUCUUGAGCUCUGGGGACACAGAAGCCUCCUCCGUGUCAUGCUCUGCAAUGGUGUCCCCAAGUCCUCCAUCCAUCGGCCAACUCUUGUCCCCCAAGAAGGUCAUGUUCUCUGCGGGUCCCAGGAGCUCCGAGGGCAUCUCGGGGCUGAGAUCCAGGAGCAGCUGCAGGAGUCCUGCAGAUGCCAUGGAGAUGCCCCAGCUCCUCCUCUGGGAAGGUGACCUCGGGCCCUGCAUGCCCAGGCACUCAGCCUCUGGCCUCGUGUCCAGCGCUGGGCAGAGUUCCACGGCGCUGACGCCUCAGGAUCCCGUGGUGAGGAAGUUAUCUCUGAACAAAGAUGGAUGGAAGCUAGGAGCUGACGGUGACCAAGAUGUACCAGAAGGCGCCUGUGCGGCUAGAGCAGAAGAGGUCCUCUCUGGUGUGUUUCAGGCAUGCGAUGCUGAAGGCAGAGGCUCAGUAGGAGUGAGCAAAAUAAUAGAUUACCUAAGACAAACGAGUAGUCAAGACCUGGAAGACAGUGGCCUCGAGGAGCUGUGGACCCUGCUGGACCCUGAAAAGAUAGAUCCCCAAGUGGAUCUGGACACUUUCCAUGCUGCUGUCAAGGACUGGCUGGCUUACUAUAGACCCAAAUGGGAAGGAGUAAAGAGAAGACUGCGUGGAGAUGCUGAAGAUUCUGAUUUUGAAAAGCGAGACAGCAUGAACUCAGUUCAGGUGACCACAGAUGUAACAGAUUCCUCAUUUGGAAGUUUGGAGGCUUGGAGUGAAGAGGUAUCUCGGGGAGUCCUAGAUGUGGAUCACUUAAUUACCCAUGUGGCAGACCUACAUUUUAACAAACAGAAACUGGAAGAGGAAAAUCACAGGUUUAAACUGGCAUUAGAAUCCUCGGAAGAAGCCAACAGCCAGUUAACAGAGGACUGUGCUGAACUGCGCUUGCAAGUAAAAAGUGCCCACCAAGCUAUUAUGAGAACAAACCUGUUAAAAGAAGAACUGGAGGAACUGAAAAUUACUGUGAAUGCUUUAGAAGAGCGGAAGAGCAUGACUGAAUCUCAGAACAAACAAUUGGAGGCAGAAAACCGGGCCCUGAUUCUUAAGAUUCGGGCUCUCCAGGAUGAGGACCUGAAGAACACUAUGGAUAUAGAUAGACUGGAAAAGAAAAUUGAGGAAUUAUCUGAAACUGAAACACAGCAUCAAAUGAAGUUACACGCAUAUGAGAAUGUGUUGUUUAAUAAAGAGGCAAGUAUACAAGAGAAGGAUUUAAGAAUAGAAGAACUGAAGUCAACCAUCACAGAAUACAGGAGCAUUACAGAGAAUUUACGAGAGGAGAAAAAUGAGCUGGCUCACGAGGUACAGCAGUUGCAGCAGGAGCUCAUUGUAAAUGGGAUCCAGUUGAAUGCUAGUGGAGAGGACAGCACUGUCACCCUUGAAGGCGGAAAUUCUUUACAUCGUGAGCUCAUCCUUGCUCGAUCUGCAGAGAACAAUGACACCGAGUGGCAGUGCACUUUUACCAGCUUGUCAUCCCGGGAUGCAAUGGCAGACCAAGAAACGCUGCAGUUCCUCAGACAGUGUGAACAGAAGGGAGUGGAAUUCACAGCUACACUUCAAAAGCUGUUUGAAGAAAUCUCAGAAGUUGAAACCUUCAUUGAUGGCUCCUUUCAGUGGGUCACUAACCCAGAAAUCACUGUGGAAGAAAAGUGGGUACAGCAGCUUCAUGAAUUCAACCAUAUCAUGGAAAAGAAGCCAAAUCUUUGCAGAUUAAGACUGAACAGCUUGGGAAAUCACAAAGAAUCUCUUGAUAAAGUCUUUGUCAAAUUAAUAGAAAUUUUGAAGGAAUUCAGGCUGGAAUAUCUUUAUUUCAGAAAAGAAUUAUUUUCCAGUCGGAAACAACUAGAAGCCAUCAAACAAGUGCCAGAAGAUGCUACUAACCAGGAAGCGAUCCUCAGGAAGAAGAUCCAAGAAGCCAGCGAACAGGUGAAGAAUCGAGAGUGGACAGCCCACUCUGCCAGUGAAAAAGCCGAGGCUCUACCACCUGAACUGCAGGAAGCAAUUUUGGAGCAGCAGAACCUCCACGUUAUAAACACUGGGUUGUCGAACGCUUGCCAGACAUUGGAGCAGAAGACAGGGACACUGAAAACCACUGCUGAGUCACUACAAAAGCAGAUAACUAAAGGACGACUCCAUGAUUUGCUGUUUCAGAACCUUUUAGAUGAGGAAUUCUCUCACUGUGAACCCCUGUCCUCCACAGAAAAAAUUCAGCAACCUCUUCAAGAAAAAUUGAAGCACUGUUGCGUCAAACUACAUGGCGAUCAGGAAGCAAAAAUUCACCGGAGGCCUUUGGUCUUGAAGCAUUCAGUCUGGUGCUCGCCUCUGCUGGAUGCCUUGAAUCUAGAGAACUGCACAGGGAUUCCAAGGCUGGUAUUGACAUCUUUCUCACGUAGUACACACCCAACCCAUGCUUCCUGUGAAAGGUCCAAGGAAGGAGAAAUAAAAGAUGAUGCUUUGUAUGUAACUAGAGGACAGAAGUGCCCAGGCCCCACAGAGGGUCCCGAACACAGACCAGAUCUUUCAGAUUGCAUCAGGAUGAAUGGUGACCUAAGCAUGGAAGAGAAUGGUGUUGAACGCUUGCAUUCUGAGAACCUGUCACAGUCCAGGGAACAUCUCGUACUACCAUCGCCUGAGCAUGCUUCAUCCCCAGAGAGCACUGUAACUUCGAGUGAUGCUGGAUCAGAAAAUUUGCAUAUGGCUUCAGAUGACCUUGACUGCAAAUCACUUUGCGAGACCCAGCAGAAAGCAAAGUCAGCAUCUACCACGAUGGAGAUCCAAGGCACCAGUUCAACUUAUGAGAAUAUUGCAUGCCAAGACACCGUGACCAAGGAGAAAACUGUGUCAAAUCUGGAAGCCAAAGAGGUGCCCAAAACAACAGAAGAACAUAGAAAAGAAUGUGCUGCAGGAGAAACUGAGGUUUCCUCUCCUCCGGUAGCCACUGGGAGAUCAGUUAACUUUAGACAAAGUGACAACACUUCUGCUAAUGAGAAAGAGGUGGAGGCAGAAUUUCUCAGAUUAUCUUUGGCAUUUAAGUGUGACUGGUUUACACUGGAGAAAAGAGUGAAGCUUGAAGAGAGGUCCCGUGACUUGGCAGAAGAAAACCUGAAGAAAGAAAUCACCAACUGUUUAAAGCUCUUAGAGUCUUUAACACCUCUGUGUGAAGAAGACAACCAGGCCCAGGAAAUCAUUAAGAAGCUGGAGAGUAGUAUAACAUUUCUUAGCCAGUGUACAGCGCGGGUGGCCAGCAGAGCUGAGAUGUUAGGAGCCAUCAAUCAGGAGAGCCGGGUUAGUAAAGCAGUUGAAGUGAUGAUUCAGCAUGUGGAAAACUUAAAGAGAAUGUAUGCCAAAGAGCAUGCUGAGUUAGAAGAAUUGAAGCAGGUUCUUUUGCAGAAUGAAAGGUCUUUUAACCCUCUGGAAGAUGAAGAUGACUGCCAGAUUAAAAAGCGUUCAGCUUCUCUGAACUCCAAGCCAUCUUCUCUUCGAAGAGUGACUAUUGCCUCUUUACCCAGAAAUAUUGGAAAUGCAGGAAUGGCGGCUGCAAUGGAAAAUGACAGAUUCAGUAGGAGGUCAAGCAGUUGGCGAGCUUUGGGUACAAAGCAGAGUGAACACCGCCCUUCCUUACAUCGAUUUAUCAGCACCUAUUCCUGGCCAGAUGCUGAAGAUGAAAAAUGUGACCCAAAAACUAAAGAUGACUCAGAAUCACCUGGAGAAGAAAUAGUUGAACGGACAAGAAAGACAAGCCUUUCUGAAAGGAAAAAUAACCCGUCCAGGUGGGGUAUCUCUUCCAUCCCUGACACGCUGGCCUCGUGGGUGACACAUUUGGGGACCUCCGUGAGGAAAGCUAAUAAGACCCUCUGGCUCUCUGUCGCUCUCAUUGUACUGUUCGCAGCUCUCAUGAGCUUGCUCGCAGGCCGAUUUUUCCAGAAGUCUGUGGAGGCUGCUCCCACCCAGGAAGGGGACUCCUGGAUCUCUCUGGAACACAUCCUGUGGCCCUUUACCGGACUCCAACACAACGGGCCACCACCGGUGUGACCGCAGUGAGCCCUACGGUAUGUGGCUUGGUUUUUAACCCUCCAGCCUCUGAACUUGAUAAAACGAGCAGCUUUGCGCUGGGAUUUCACUUAGAAUAGCACAAAACCACAGGUUUUCAGAGAAACCGUCAAACUAUUUGGUUUCCCACUUCAUGUUUUAUAGUCGAGGAGAUGACCACAAACAGGAUAUUUUAAUGUGCUUUUUGAGAAAUAUGUUGUUUUGCUACAAUGUAUCUAAAUAAAGAACCCUUCAAAUCUUCCUACAA